AUGACUAUCUGCCAUGAUUCAACUAAACUAAGAGCCCCAUGUUGGGCACAUCCAUUAGGCUCUGCAUUUCCUUGGCUUCAAGCAUCUCGGUCCAUUUCUCCACCAAACAAAACUGGGGAACCUCCGAAACUCCCUGCCAUGAAGUGCCAGCUACGGAAACACAAAAGCAACCGAAAACCUCGCACACCCUUCACAACACAGCAGCUGUUGGCCCUCGAAAGAAAAUUUCGCUCCAAGCAAUACUUAUCCAUAGCUGAAAGAGCGGAAUUUUCUGCAUCUUUGAAUCUCACAGAGACGCAGGUAAAAAUCUGGUUCCAGAAUCGGCGAGCCAAGGAAAAGCGCCUCAAAGAAGCUGAAAUCGAGAAACUCCGGAUGGCUACUCGUCCCUUGCUCCCGUCCUUUGGAUUCGGGAUGACUGCUGCAGGUGCCUCUCACUUUCUGCAUGGAGUUCCAGCUCACUUUGGUACAGCCAUCACAAGACCCCUCUUAGGUCCCUUAAUGACUCCUUAUCCCAUUUAUUCCUCCCCGUCGACAGUGUGCCCUCAGUGA